AGCGGGCGAGAGAGCGAGCGAAGCCCAGCUUGCAAAGAUGGAGGAGAAGAGGAAAAGGAGGAGGUGGUUGUGGUUAUGAAGGGCUGCGGCGGCGGGGACGGCCGGCUCUAGCGCGGAGGAGGAGGGGGCACUCAAUCUGGGCCGGGCCCGGGCCUGGGGAUUGCAGCUUUCCCAUCCUCUGUACGAACAUCUGCAAGCGGAGCAGCAGCGCGCCAUUCGCCCCCUUCCCCCCCGCAGCCUCUUGCAGCAUGAAUGCACGCAUGAAGCCACCUUACGUUGAGUGAGACCCUUGGUCUGUCAAGGGUUCCUUAAAAGGAUUUCCUCUCUUGCCACAAGGGAUGUCCCAGUUGUGUUGGCCGAACGGCGUCUGACCAUUUCUGCCGUCAGUCCCCAACCCCCACGUGAACACCGCUGGAGGCCUAGCUCUGCUAACAGCUCCUUCCUUACCUUUCGGCGAGCAGCCACCCUACCAACAAGGACAACAUGAACUCCAAGAAUGAGUCAGAUGGAGUCUCUGGACGCGAACCAUCGCUGGAGCUCCUGUCGCGAGCGCAGAUCCAUGCCAUACCUGUGGCAGCUGUGGACUUGAAGCCGGUGCUUCCAGUGGUGAUGCAGAGUUCCUGCAACAACAGCAGCAACAGCAGCCCGGUGGACUUGCGGAUGGAUGCCCGGCCCAGCAUGCCUAGCGUGGACCCUGCCGUCCGGGAACAGCAGCUGCAGCAGGAACUCCUGGCCCUGAAACAGCAGCAGCAUUUGCAGAAGCAGUUGCUCUUUGCUGAGUUUCAGAAGCAGCAUGAGCACCUAACGCGGCAGCAUGAAGUCCAGUUGCAGAAGCACCUCAAGCAGCAGCAGGAGAUGCUGGCCGCUAAGCGUCAGCAGGAGCUGGAGCAGCAGCGUAAGAGAGAACAGCAGCGGCAAGAAGAGCUGGAGAAGCAGCGUCUGGAGCAGCAGCUACUUAUCUUGCGCAACAAGGAGAAAAGCAAAGAGAGUGCCAUCGCCAGCACCGAAGUGAAGCUGAAACUUCAGGAGUUCCUUCUCAGCAAGUCAAAAGAGCCUGGUGCACUGGGCGGCUUGAACCAUUCCCUCCCUCAGCACCCAAAAUGCUGGGGGGCUCACCAUACCUCAUUGGACCAGAGUUCUCCUCCCCAGACAGGAAGUCCGGGAACACCACCCUCUUGCAAACUACCUUUACUCGGCACUUACGACAGCAGAGAUGACUUUCCACUCCGGAAAACUGCAUCAGAACCCAACUUAAAAGUGCGGUCACGGUUAAAACAGAAGGUUGCGGAGAGGCGGAGCAGCCCCUUGCUGCGGAGGAAAGAUGGGACCGUCAUCAGCACCUUCAAAAAGCGAGCAAUCGAAAUCACAGUGUCUUCAAUGUGCAACAGUGCCCCUGGGUCUGGCCCUAGCUCCCCAAACAGCUCCAACAGCGCCAUCACAGAAAAUGGGCUCACUGGCUCUGUGCCCAAUAUCCAUACUGAGCAGAUGCUGCCCCAGCACCGAGCUGUCACAAUGGACGGAUCAGCUAGCCAGCUCAGUUUAUACACUUCUCCGUCUCUGCCUAACAUCUCUCUAGGACUACAGGCUACUGUCACGGUGACAAAUUCGCACCUCAACGCCUCCCCCAACCUUUCCACGCAGCAGGAAGCAGAACGCCAGGCCAUCCAGUCAUUGCGCCAAGGGGGUGCCUUGACCAGCAAGUUCCUGAGCAUGUCGUCUAUCCCCAGUUGCCUUCUCGGGGUGGCCCUCGAGGGCGAGACCAACAACCACGGACACGCUUCGUUGCUGCAGCACGUCUUGCUCUUGGAGCAGGCACGCCAGCAGAACACACUAAUCGCUGUUCCUCUGCACGGCCAGUCCCCCCUGGUGACGGGGGAACGUGUCCCCUCCAACCUACGGACGGUCAGCAAGCUGCCUCGGCACCGCCCCUUGAGCCGCACCCAGUCGUCGCCAUUGCCCCAGAGCCCUCAAGCACUACAGCACUUGGUUGUGCAGCAGCAGCACCAGCACUUCCUGGAGAAACAGAAGCAGCAGCAGAUUCAGCUGGGAAAGAUCAUUACCAAGACUGGCGAGCUGCCACGGCCGCCCACCACGCACCCCGAAGAGACGGAGGAGGAGCUGACGGAGCAACAGGAGCCUUUGGGCUUGGGCCAGGGCCCCUUUGUCCUGGACGGGUCAACAGAAAGCGAAGAAACACAGGAUGACCUGGAGGAGGAGAAGGAGGAGGAAGAAGAGGAGGAGGUGGACUUGGUGGAAGAGCAGGGCUGUCUCCAAGUCAAGGACGAAGCUGGGGAGAGCGGGCUGGAAGAAGAGCCGGAAGUUGAGGAGUUGGGAGUGUCUUACAGGCAGGUGUUCGCAGAUGCGCAUCAGCUAAGACCCCUCCAUCUCUAUCAGACGCCCCUGAGCAUCAACACUCUGCCCCAUCAAGCCCUGAGCCGCACCCAGUCCUCUCCCGCCAGCACCAGCCUGAAGAGCAGUACAGCGGAACCUGUGAUCAAGCACCUUUUCACUACAGGCGUAGUUUAUGACACGUUCAUGCUAAAGCACCAGUGUACCUGUGGAAACACUAACAUUCACCCAGAGCAUGCUGGGAGAAUCCAGAGCAUCUGGUCCAGGUUGCAGGAGACGGGGUUGCUGAGCAAAUGCGAGAGGAUCCGAGGCCGGAAAGCGACGCUGGAUGAAAUCCAGACGGUCCAUUCGGAGCAUCACACGUUACUCUAUGGAACCAGCCCCUUGAACCGGCAAAAACUUGACAGCAAGAAAUUGCUAGGACCCCUUACUCAGAAGAUGUAUGCCGUCCUCCCAUGUGGAGGCAUUGGGGUUGACAGUGACACAGUGUGGAACGAAAUGCACUCAUCCAGCGCGGUCCGUAUGGCUGUUGGCUGCUUGCUGGAGCUGGCCUUCAAAGUGGCAUCCGGGGAGCUUAAGAAUGGAUUUGCUGUCAUCCGGCCACCAGGUCAUCACGCGGAGGAGUCCACAGCCAUGGGCUUCUGUUUCUUCAACUCUGUCGCCAUUGCUGCCAAGCUCCUCCAGCAAAAACUUGCCAUCAACAAAAUUCUCAUUGUGGACUGGGAUAUUCAUCAUGGCAACGGCACCCAGCAGGCAUUCUACAGUGACCCCAGUGUGCUCUACAUCUCUCUCCACCGCUAUGACAAUGGCAAUUUUUUCCCUGGCAGUGGAGCUCCCGAAGAGGUCGGCAGUGGGAUGGGUGUAGGCUUCAACGUAAACAUUGCCUGGACUGGUGGAGUGGACCCCCCAAUUGGCGAUGUGGAGUAUCUGACCGCCUUCCGGACUGUGGUGAUGCCAAUAGCCAACGAGUUCUCCCCCGAUGUGGUCCUCGUUUCUGCCGGCUUCGAUGCUGUUGAGGGGCACCUGUCCCCUCUGGGUGGAUAUUCCGUCACGGCCAAAUGUUUUGGACACCUGACCAAGCAGCUGAUGAAACUGGCGGGUGGGCGCGUUGUCCUAGCGCUGGAGGGAGGCCAUGACUUGACCGCCAUCUGUGAUGCCUCUGAAGCCUGCGUGUCUGCUUUGCUGGACCUCGAGCUGGAGCAGCUGGAUGAAGCUCUGUUGCAACAGAAGCCCAAUGCAAAUGCAGUGUCCACGCUGGAGAAAGUGAUUGAAAUCCAGAGCAAGCACUGGAGCUCAUUGAAACACCCUGCGGCGAUCGUUGGCUGUUCCUUGCUGGAGGCACAGAAGGGCGAGGCUGAGGAGGCAGAGACGGUCAGCGCCAUGGCUUCGCUGUCGGUGGACACAGAGCAGGGGAAGGCAGACUGCACUGUCCGACAAACAGAUGAGCCAAUGGAGGCCGAUCCCGUGUUGUGAAGUGCCAAGACUUCGAUUUGUGUAGCUGUCACUCUGUGGGUUAUAAUUGGUCAUUUGUGAUUUCGUUUAAAACAACAACAAGAAGAAAACAAAUUAAUUUUUUUUAUCUAUUAAAAAAAAACGAGAAAAAAAAUAGUUGCACUGGACAACAUGAGCCCGUGUGUGCGUGAUCGCGUCUGUCUCCUGGCAUUUGUUCUCACCAGCAUCACCAUUUUGUCCUAACUCUUUGGGGAUUUGUGAGGGGAAUUGGGGGGGGGGGGCUUUCACAUGGGUAUCUCCUCCGUUAUUCCUUUCUUAGCCAUCCUUCUUUCUCCCCACCCAACCCCCUCCCGGGUUGCCCCCAGUUAAGAACAAAUUUUGCCAUAACUACACCUGCACACCGACACCCCAUCAACUUGUAGGCCGGGGGUAGGGUGGGAGAAAGAGCUACGUUUCCUCUGCAGAACUGCAGCUCUGUUAAUCUGCUCCGUACAACUGAAUGGGCGCUUUCGUUUCUUCCACUUGUAUGGAGGUGAAAGGGAACUGGUGGCAGUCAGGACAAUUGAGGCGGGGGCAAGGAUGGAUGGCGGUGGAACUGAGGGCUCCUGUAGCUUCGAUCCUCUUGUCCCACAGGUGGGGGGUGGGGAGCUACAUUUCUGCUCUAAGAGGUUUUUCUCAUCAGCCUGAAGCCCCUGGGAUCUUGCAGCCUGAGGCAGCCGCCUGUAUCUCCAUUCGGGUCAGGCCAGCUGUGCUCUCUGUUGCUGACUCUGUUAUUGAAAUGCCAUUUUCUCUCUACCUGGGUUCUUUGCACAUUGAGAUGGGAUGGAAGGCAAAUUCACAGAUGCAUUUUCAAAUAUCUUUUCCCUAUCUUCCCAGCUUCUGAUAUUUAGCCAUUCCUCCCCCA